AUGAGUGCUUAUGCUGACAUCUGUGCAUCCAGACAGGCUCAGCAGGGGACAACAGAAGCUGGUUACCAGCGCUAUGGAGUUCGCUCGUACCUGCAUCAGUUUUACGAGGACUGCACAGCAUCCAUUUGGGAAUAUGAUGAUGAUUUUCAGAUCCAGAAGUCACCCAAUGUGUGGAGCUCUGCAUUCUGGAAGGUCGGACUCAUCUUGGGGACAGUGUUCAUGCUGACGGGGAUAAUAGUUCUUGUAGUAGGUUUUCUGGUGCCCCCCAAAAUUGAAGCCCUUGAAGUAGAAGAUUUUGUGGUGGUGGAUACACGUGCUGUUCAGUUUAACCGAGCACUUGACAUAUGUAAGUUGGCAGGGGCAAUAUUAUUUUGUAUUGGAGGAACCACUAUGGCAGCCUGUUUGCUCAUGUCUGCAUUUGCUAAAAGGUAUGCCAAAGAAGAGAAAUACCUGCAGCAGAAAUUUAAGGAGAGAAUAGCAGACAUAAAAGCCCAUGUUCACCCAAUCACAAAACCUCCAGCACCUGGAGAAUCCAAAAUACCUGUUACAUUGUCCAAAGUUCAAAAUGUCCAGCCAUUAUCUGAAACCUGAUAUUUUGCUUCCUAACUUGCUCAUCUUGUGAAUUUGGAAAGCUCAGCUUUGGCUAGCAUAUGAAUCUGGGUUUGCAAUGCAAUAUCACUGCACUCUAUACCCAGUAGGAAAAGGAGCAGAUUGAGAAACUAGUCUGGUAGGAAUAUAAGAGUGGCAAGAAGAUGAUGGCUUAGCCAUCAGUGGUUCAAAUAAAGCAUUCAUGUAGGAGCUGUGAUUUUCCUUGUCCCUAAAGGUGCGUUGAACCAUUUAGAACCCAAGACCUUGCCAAAUGCAGCUUAAUUUCUGCUCCUAAGCACUUGAUAGACUCACCCUGCUCACACACACCUGGUUUCAUAGGUACACAUGUUGUUAUGUCCAGAUAGUGGUCAUAUUUACACCUGCUUUACUUAAUAUUCCAUUCAGAAAGAACAGCCAACAUCAAAUGAGAGUUGUGUCCAAGAUAACCCUGCAGGGAGUGGGCAGUUUCUUUGCCCUUCCCUCAUAACUGCGUGUGCUGCUGGAAAGGCAGCUUGUCGGCAGUACAAACUACUGUGGUGGAACCCUAAAAGAAGCCACUGCAUGGACAUGGUUCUUCUCCAUCCCCAAGAACCUCCUUGGACUACACCCAGUUCCCUCAUGUCUGUUUGGUUUGCUUUUCAUAUCCAUGGCAGGAAGUCAGCUUGGCAAUUUGUGCUUCUCCAUGUGUAUUCCAAAAAAGCUAUGUCCAGCUCCCCCUUGUAAGAAAGCCCAUUAUUCCUUGUCAGCAGACACCACGGAAAACCUCCCAUCCAAUUCUAAGAAUUCCAGCCAUUCCUGCAGCAACCUGAGGGACUGAGCUUCUUAUUCCCCAAUCUCCA